UUCCAGCCCGAAACAUGGCUAGAAGUGGCCAACCUAUCACCUGUUAAAUAUUUUAAAUUUGAUAGAAGAAGUCUCUUAUUUGUUGAAGCCAACGAUGGGAUGGCAAGGGUUUGAAUUUUUUAGCUUUUUGUUCUCCAAAUUACAGGUUUGUCUCGAAAAGAUAUCGACGAAGCUCCCCAUCUUUGCAUUGUACAUUAAUCAACGCGUGUUGGCGAAGCAAUAGAUUUUUCCACGCUUAAAUUGGGCAAAAAGAGUUAAAUUUUGAACUACCUAAACCAUUAGGUAGUAAAUCAUUGUUUUGGUGCUAAACUAAUGCAAAUUUGAGACCUGAGAAGCUUAAAUUUGAGUUUAUUGGCGAGCUGAAAUUUGUAGAAUUGCGUUACAAUUUUGUCAGAAAUGGCAACACGAAAUCGAACGGUAUUGUUUAAGAAGUACAGGGAUGCAUUGCGCGACGUUAAAAAGCCUUCAUCGUCUUCGGAAGCGUCGACGUCGACAUCUGGAUAUGGUGGGAGAGGCCCUGUUAUUCAGUUGUCAACUGCCCCUUUUUUGCAACAGCAGGCUCAUAUUUAUACACCCCUCAGCACAGAUGAUGCGGAUACAAACAGAGGAGAUGCUGUAACUAUUGGCCUACCGCCAGCAUGGGUGGAUAUAUCAGAAGAGAUAGCAACUAACAUGCAACGGGCACGUAGUAAAAUUGCUGUGCUGGCAAAGUCUUAUGCUAAGGCAUUGAUGCCAACAUUUGGGGACACGACAGCAGAUCAGCAUGCAAUUGAAGAACUGACCCAAGAGAUAACACGCUUGCUGAAAAGAAGUGAGCAGAUGCUACAAAAGCUUUCAGGGCGAAGCCUAUCUGAGGAUGCAAAUGUUCAGAAGAAUGUUCAGAGAUCUCUUGCCACUGAUCUUCAGGCACUUUCAAUGGAGUUUCGUAAACAACAAAAUGCUUAUCUACAGCGCUUACGGCAGCAAAAAGAUGGAUCAGAUGAAGUUGACAUGGGCAUGAAUCUGAAUGAUCCAAAAACUAGAUAUGAGGAUGAUGAAUCUUUUGACUCGUCUUUCAGUACACAGCAGCUAGCCAGGAUGAAGAAAACAGAAGUACUAACAGCUGAAAGGGAAAGGGAAAUUCUUCAGAUUGUUGAAUCAGUAAAUCAGCUGCAGCAAAUAAUGAAAGACCUAUCGACUCUUGUCAUUGAUCAGGGAACUAUAGUUGAUCGAAUUGAUUACAAUAUUCAGAAUGUUGCAGCCUCAGUUGAUAAGGGUGUUAAAGAAUUAGAGAAGGCAGAGAGAACCCAGAAGCAGGGAGGCAUGGUUAUGUGUGCUACAGCACUUGUAUUCAUGUGCCUUUUCAUGCUUUUCGUGUUUAUCAUCAAAGAAAUAUUCUUCUAAUAUUUGAAGUAGGAUUUCCUGGUUCUUCACCAGUUACUACAGGCUGGUUUCUACUCGGUAAUUUUAUCCUGUUGAGAAAUUUUUGACUGUAGGCAUUGAGCAUAUGCAGGUUUCAAGUGUUGCAUAUAUAUGCCAAGUUGAUCACGCUGUAUGUAGUUGGAAGACUAUUUAUUGGUUUGUUUUAUUGCCUCCUCCCACCUUCUUGAUCUGUCAAACAUGCAGUUCUAACCUACACUUAGAAUUACUUGUUUCUACAAAAUUGUAUCUGGCUAUGGCUUCUCUCAGAGGUGGAUUUAUGUAGAUGGUUCACAGGUACUCUUGCAUUCCUACGGUUAUGUAGUAUCAACAGGCGAAUGGUAUGCUUUUGCAAGCUUUGUAUUACUUUUCCAUCCUGUGACAGAGAUUUAUAACCAAUAAAAAGGGCUUCAGCAGUAAUCAUCUCCAUUCUCAAAUCCUGAGAAGCAACCAUUUUUUUCCAGAAUAUUAAUAAAGAAAUCAUUUGGGCUAAA